GAUUAGCCUUUUUAAAUGUUACAUUAAAAGUUGAGAAAUUUAUGGUUCUGAAGAUUUGCUAGAUUUUUGUUGGAUUUAAUAAAAUUUCUCUGCACUUUAACAGUAGAAUACAUGGUAAAGCAUUUCAAUGUCCUGUUUCUUCCACUUCUCCUUUCUAAAGGUGGUCAAGCCCCUUGAACCCCGGUUGUUGAUGCCACAUCAGAAGGCAUGAAACCACUGAAGUAACAGGGAAGACCAGUAGCUUUUCCCUGUUCCACUACUAAAAUAUCAAAGCAAAUACAAACGAAGAGACAUCACUUCACAAUCCCAUUUGUAGAGGUCAGGUCAACGGUGCUAACUGCUACUGUUUCCUCCAUGAUACGAAAUUCCACAAAAUAUCCAUCUUUAGGAAAUAAUCUUUCAUGUUACAGAUGCAUUUUGGCCCAUCAAUACUCAUUGGUCUCUCUUGAUAAUGGCUAUUGCAGUUUCUUCCUGGCUUUUUCUUGGCUUCAUUUUUCUUGAUGUGUUUCAGCUAGCGAUUGCUUCCAGCAAUGUUUACAUUGUGUAUAUGGGAGAUAGAGGCUAUGAUGAGUCCCUGUUGACUCAGGAUUUACACCAUGAGAUUCUCUCAAAUAUUCUUGGAAGCAAUGAAGCUGCAAAGGAAUCACUUCUCUACAGCUACAAGCAUGGCUUUUCUGGAUUUGCCGCAAUUUUAACUGAGUCUCAAGCCAAGUUAAUUGCAGAUAUCCCUCAUGUUGCUCGAGUCAUUCCAAAUAAGAUACUCAGUUUACAGACAACCAGAAGUUGGGAUUUUCUUCAAGUAAAUUCUUCUAUUGAGAAUGGAAUUAUGUCAAAGUCUCAUUCAGGUUCUGGGUCAAUCAUUGGCGUCAUGGAUACUGGCAUAUGGCCAGAAUCUGAAAGCUUCAACGAUAAGGGGAUGGGAGAGAUUCCAUCUCAUUGGAAUGGAAUAUGUCAAGAAGGAGAAGGAUUUAAUCUCUCCAAUUGCAAUAGGAAAAUUAUUGGUGCACGCUGGUAUGUUAAAGGGUAUGAAGCUGAAUUUGGAAAGCUGAACACUAGCGAUGGGGUUGAAUUCUUAUCUCCCCGAGAUGCUGUGGGCCAUGGCACUCACACAGCAUCUACUGCAGCUGGUGCUCUAAUACGAAAUGCAAGCUUUAUGGGACUAGCUCAAGGAAUUGCCAGAGGGGGUGCUCCUUUAGCUUGGUUAGCCAUCUAUAAAGUUUGUUGGGCUGCUGGUGGCUGCAGUUCAGCUGACCUUCUUGCUGCAUUUGAUGAUGCGGUUUUUGAUGGUGUAGAUGUGCUUUCAGCAUCACUGGGUUCAUCCCCUCCGCUUUCCACUUAUGUUGAUGAUGUACUAUCAAUUGGUUCCUUCCAUGCUGCAGCAAAAGGGAUUUCUGUAGUAUGCUCUGCAGGGAAUUCUGGUCCAUAUCCUCAAACUGUCAUAAAUACUGCCCCAUGGAUUAUAACAGUUGCAGCAAGCACCAUUGACAGAUCUUUUCCUACUGCUAUUACAAUGGGAAACAAUCAAACUGUUGUGGGUCAAGCAUUUUAUACCGGAAGAAUGGAUAUGAACAAGUUUUACCCCAUUGUGUAUGGAGAAGAUAUUGCAGCCACUGAUGCAGAUGAAGACAGAGCCAGUACUUGUGAUUCAGGAACUCUUAAUGCUACUUUAGCAAGAGGCAAAAUUGUUAUCUGUUUCCAAUCUCGGUCUCAGAGGUCAGUUGCAACUGCUGCUAGAACAGUACUGGCAGUCCAGGGUGUCGGCCUCAUCUUUGCUCAGUUUCCUACAAAGGAUGUUCAGUUUUUCUUUGAUAUUCCAAGUGUCCUCGUGGACUUUGUUAUUGCAACAUCUCUGCUCACCUACAUGGAGGCAAGCAGAAACCCCGUUGUCAAAUUUAGCUUGACAAAGACAGUUAUAGGGCAAGCGUUAUCACCAGAAGUGGCUCUCUUCUCUUCUCGAGGGCCUAGUUCCCUCUCUCCGUCAAUACUGAAGCCGGACAUUACAGCUCCAGGGGUUAAUGUCUUGGCCUCUUGGUCUCCUGCUUCGUCCCCUGAUACAGAUAUGAGUAAAAACAAUAUACCGCCACUUAACUUCAAAAUCGAGUCCGGAACUUCCAUGUCUUGCCCCCACAUAUCUGGUAUUGUGGCCCUUCUAAAAGCUAAAUAUCCAAUGUGGAGCCCUGCAGCAAUGAAGUCUGCACUGAUCACAACAGCUUCUCUGAAGGAUGAAUAUGACCAAAUUAUAGUUUCUGAGGGAGCUCCUCACAAGCAGGCUGACCCAUUUGACUAUGGAGGUGGUCAUGUCAAUCCUAAUAAAGCCAUGGAUCCUGGAUUAAUAUAUGACAUGGGAGUAUCAGAUUACAUUAAUUUCCUUUGUGGGAUGGGAUAUAAUAAUUCUGCCAUAAGCUUAAUGACCAAGGCUCACACCAAGUGCCGUAAAUCAACCGGGCUCCUUGUAAAUCUUAAUUUGCCUUCUAUCACCAUUUCAGAGCUUAAGAAGAGCUUGACUGUAUCAAGAACAGUAACGAAUGUUGGCCCAGUGAAUUCUGUCUAUACUGCUCGUGUUCAAACUCCAGCUGGCACUACUGUGACAGUCCAACCAUCAACUUUGACAUUUAAUUCUACGAUCAAGAAGCUCAAGUUUAGGGUAACUUUUUGUUCCCAGCUAAGAGUUGAGGGAAGAUACUCAUUCGGAUAUCUGUCCUGGGAAGAUGGUUUACAUGUUGUGAGAACACCAUUGAUAGUUCGGACUGUCAUUCAUGAUUUUUACUCCCAAACCUGAUCAUGAAGUGCCAUUGGCUGUACCAUGUUUCAUUGAUAGUUAAUCGCUUAUUGUUGUAUUCUUCAGCAUAAACAUCAUGUUUGAAUUGAGUUGGCUAAACAAUAAAAAACAGGAAAUGUUAAAUAGUUGUAUCAUUAGAACAAUGAACUGCUUCACUGUCUGUUCUUGUAUCAGAGUUCUAAUUUUAUAUGUUUUUCAGUAAGCUUUCUGCUC